AUGUCCAAAAAGGAGCAGUUCCCAUAUUAGUUGAGUGUGAAUAUGCUAUCAUUGUUGAAAUGAUAUUUAUGAAAGUAGGUACUACCCACCAUUAUGAUAGAGUUUCAAUACAUGAAUAUGAACACAAACCCAAAAGGAUUGGGAGAGAAUAAUAUGUAUAAUUGAUUGGUACUUUUGAUCUUAAUUUAUUUUUAGCUUUAAAAUCAUCAAAUCUCAUCAUGUUUAAACCAAUUAAAGAGCCACAUAAUAAGCCAUAUUUCAAAUUUAACCAAUCGAUACAUAAUCUAACAUUGUAAAAAUAGGAAAUGUCUUCGAAUUUAAUACUGAGAGCAUUGUAAAAAUAAUAAAAUGUAGGUACAGUCAUGACCCCAAAUAAAAUUGAAACAAUUCUGGGAGUAUUACUUUCAAUAUUAGAGGUUUAUUAUAAUAGUUUUUCUGACAUCAAUCUAGCUUUUUGUUUUUGA